GAAAACGUGGUGUCGACACGAAGAUUCAGUUAAGAGGUCAUUGGACGUUGAGACGCGAAUGGGUCACACACGGUUCCUCGGUUGCCAUCGAUCGUGAACAUGGAGAUUUCAUUUGGUCUCAAGGCGAGGUUGCCAUCUUCAUCAAGAAUAUGGAGAAUUUCUGUAGUAUCUGUCUAAAGCAAGUUCAUGAUUCACGCGCGCUCUAUUGUUCUUCGGAAUGCGCAAACAUUGAUAUGGGAUCUAGCUCGAUGCAAGUGAACAGCACGCCCCCUCCUUCCCCUCCGAUUCACCUCCGUUUUUCAAUUUCAAUUACCCCUAACGUCUAUCAUGCUUCCGAUGCAAACUCCAUCCUUUCCCCACCCUCUUCGGUUUCCUCCUCUUAUGCAGAUUCCGAUAUCUCCUCUUCAUUCACUAGCACAUACACCUUGGACAAUGAUUACGAGAACUGUGAUACUUGCAAGGAGGAUGCCCUUGACGACGAAUAUUACCCCUCAAUCUAUUCAACAAGCAACCCAAUCGAUAUUCCCAACCAGAAAACACAAACCAUCAAUGAUUCCGCACUAGCUCCCCUCAACAAAGGGACUUUUGGUGAGGAUUAA